AUGACUUUAAUGACCAGCACUUUGACAGAGCAGAUUCCUGCAAUCAUGAUAAUGCUGGGCAUUUUCUGCAGCAUCGGCUGCAUCGGCAACACCAUUGUGAUUGUGAUCUACUCUACCAAGCAUGAUCGUCUGACCUCCACCGUGUUCAUCCUGGCUCUGGCGAUGGUGGACUCUUUUGCCUGUGUCUGUCUCAUGCCUCUCACCAUUUACAUUGAAUCAGUAGAGUGGCGCAUUCAGUCGGAGUUCCUGUGCAAGUUCUACUAUGUCAUCAACAACUCUUUCAUUCCCUUCUCUUCUCUUCUCAUUUCGGGUAUUGCCUUUGAUCGCUACUUCGCUAUCUGUCAUCCCUUCUCCAAGAUCAUCACCGUGAGUCGGGCUAAGCAAAUCAUUGUUGUAAUGCUCUCAUUAGCCCUCCUCCUCGGCGGUGUGUCUUCCAUGACGAUUGUGGUGUCGCUGAUUCCCACCGCCAACACCUCUGCGCCAGAGUAUGAAUGUACGGAGACGCGAAUGCUGAAUACUACGAAGAGCCAAAUGGCCAUUUACCAUAUUGUUCAGGGCAGUCAGAUCUCCAGCUACGUGCUUUGCAUUCUUUCAGUGGUCAUCCUCUAUGUUCUUAUCUUUCGAUCAGUUCUUCUCAUGCGAGAACGGAGGAAACGACUGAUGGGAAACAAACUGCAAUCGCUUCCUCAAUUCUCCGAAAGCACCAAUUCAAAUAACGCUGCCAAGGAUGGAGAUCUGAGACCUCCGCUAUCAGUCACAAUUCAGCAAAGAGGUUUGCCCCCAAAUCCCAAAAAAUUGAGCUUGAAUCUCACGACGACUCUACCUGGUGUUGUGGAGGAAAGACCGAACGAAAAGAACGAACAGAAUCUGGUCUUAGAGAUUUGGAAGAACCGGCUUAAUGCCACAGAGGAGAAUCCAGCCCCUACUGCAAUAGGCAGGAAGGCAAGUGCACCGGUGCUAAAACAAAGAAAGAUCUCCUUCCUAGACAAACCUAAGAGGUGGGUGGGUAGGAACAAACAAGAGCGUCAGCAGAACCGACGCAUCUCGUUGCGCGGGUUCAAAGGGACUUUCGUGCUCCAGAACAUGAAGACAGCGGCCAUGCUCUUUGUUGUGGCCAUUGUCUACAUUAUCGCCCUGAUCCCUGCCAUGCUUAUGGCAAUUGGCGUGGUUGAAAUGUACCUGCCUAUCUUCUACAUGUACUAUGUGAAUAAUGCCAUAAACCCGAUUAUAUACUGUUUCAUGAAUCCGACUUUUCGAGAAGAUGUACAAAACUUUUUCACCUCACGAUUCCGUAAUUUUCACAAGGCCCAUUAA